AAUAAAGUAAAUCGUUAGGAUUUAAAAAUGGCGUUCAAAAUAGCGACGUUGAAAUUUAACAUUCACAAAUGGUCCAGUUUCUCUUACAACUAUGUCCCGGAAAAUAUUUACGUUGAUAAACCAGCAGAUCAGUCUUCAAGGUGGUCGUCAGACUCCAAUCAUCCCCCACAGUUUUUGUUGUUGAAGCUAGACCAGCCGGCCAUUGUUGAUUCAAUUACUUUUGGUAAAUACGAGAAGACCCAUGUAUGCAACCUGAAAAAGUUCAAGGUGUUUGGUGGUCUCAGUGAUGAUCACAUGGUUGAAUUGCUGGAGAGUGGAUUGAAGAAUGACCAUGUAGCAGAAACAUUUCCUCUCAAAAACGAAAUAGACUGCAAUCAUUUCCCUUGUAGAUACAUAAAAAUUGUGCCACUACAGACUUGGGGUCCUAGUUUUAACUUCAGUAUAUGGCAUGUUCAGCUUAAUGGUAUAGAUGACCCAGAAAUUGUGAAACCGUGUAUGAACUGGUAUAAUACAUAUAGAGAAAAAGAAGCCAUUCGAUUAUGCCUGAAACAUUUUCGUCAGCGACAGUAUGUGGAGGCGUAUGAAGCGUUACAGAAGAAGACGCGUGUAGAUCUCGAACAUCCCAUCCUUACAGAACUACAUGGUCUGCUUGUUACACAGGGAAACUACGAUGCCUGUGAAGAUCUCAUCACAAAAGCCUGUGAAGAAGGUUUAUUUGAGCAGUAUAUCAGUGACCAGGAUUACAAACCAAAGUGGACAGCUAUAGAGCCAGUUACUCCAGUUACUGAUGCUACAGAUAGUCAGCCUGGCAUGAGAGGUGGCCAUCAAAUGGCCUUGGAUAUAUACAAUGAGAGCUUGUAUCUGUAUGGUGGUUGGGAUGGCAACCAGGACUUGGCAGAUUUAUGGUGCUAUAAUUCUCCCACCAGACAGUGGACUUGUAUAUCUAGGAAUGCUGCUGAAGAGGGUGGCCCUUCAGCCAGAUCUUGUCAUAAAAUGUGCCUUGAUUAUGAAAGAAAACAAAUAUUUACUCUUGGGAGGUAUCUCGAUUCCUCCAUGAGAACUGAGGAAAAUUUAAAGAGUGAUUUUUACAUGUAUGAUAUAGAGAACAAUAAGUGGAUGUUAAUCACUGAGGACACAGCUGCUAUGGGAGGUCCUAAACUCAUCUUUGACCAUCAAAUGGUGAUUGACAUUAAACAACAAACAUUAUAUGUUUUUGGUGGAAGAGUCCUUACUUGUACGACAGAAGGGGAGAGAAGCACUACACCACAAUUUAGUGGUUUAUUUUCGUACCAUAUACCUACUAACACAUGGACAAAGUUACGAGAUGAUUGUACAGAAUUGAGGUCAAGAAUAGGUCAUUCUAUGCUUUUUCAUCCAAAAAAGAGAGCUCUGUUUAUCUUUGCUGGUCAGAGAUCUAAAGAGUACCUGAAUGAUUUUCUCAUGUAUCAUGUGGAUGACUGCAGGAUUGAGAUUAUCUCAGAUGGAACAAAGAAAGAUGUUAGUGUGACAGGCAGACCUGAUAAUCCAGUGUCUGGGUAUCAGCAUAUACGACAUUUCCUCAAAGAUCCUAGUAAAAGAUCUGUCCCAGCAGCAGGGUUUACACAGAGAGCAACACUUGAUCCUGAUACAAAUGAGAUACAUGUACUUUCUGGUCUAAGUAAAGACAAAGAUAAAAGAGAUAAUGUGAAAAAUUCUUUUUGGGUCUAUGAUAUAAAUAAAUGUAAAUGGUCAUGUAUAUAUAAGAAUGAGAAUACAGGUCAGCAAUACUGGACUAAGAUGCAGCAUGUUGAACCAGUUCCCAGAUUUGCUCACCAACUUGUUUAUGAUCAUGUGAGAAAGGUGCAUUAUUUAUUUGGAGGUAACCCAGGCAAGGAGAGUCUUCCUAAAAUGAGAUUAGAUGAUUUUUGGUGCUUAGAGUUAUGUCGGCCUUCUCCUAUAAACUUGCUUCGACGUUGUAAAUAUUUGAUGAGGAAGUACCGUUUUCAAGAGUUAUCUAGUGAGGACCAGCAGCAAGCCAUGUUAUACCUUCAGAGAGAUCUUGCAGCUGUCAUAGACCAUAACAGUGAUAGUGAAACACAAGAGUUUCAUCUGCUGGCGUCCACCUUGUUCACAAGUGGUCAAGAGGAUGAAGAAAUGUAUGAGUGCCAAAGUUCUUUCAGUGAAUCCAAUACAUCAGAACAUUAUCACAGACGCACAGAACUGUUUGAUCAACUUGUGGAAUUCUUCCCGGAAAACAUGACGCAACCCAAAGGCAACCUAGUGGACUUGAUACCCCUGUGCUGAAGUGUAUACCCCUGUGCUUAGGUGUAGGAAUAGGAGAGAUACUUAGAUUUUAAUUUCCACAAUUGUUUUCUUCAGAUAGUUAAGAGCUUCAAGCCAACUUUAAGUUGAAGAUUUAAGUGUAAACUUAUUUUUUGUAUUCAUUAGUCAAGGUCAUAACGUUUUAAAUCAUAUCCCAUUCCCAGCCAGUCAAGCAAGUUUUUCUUAGAAGCGCAAUACCAUAGAUUGUUUUGUAGAAAUUUACGAUACAGUUGGGUGUUUUCUGCAUAUAGCAUGAAAUUCUAGUACUGAGCAACAGCACGUUAGUUUCUUAAGGUAGUUCUGCACGUUUGGAUAAAAAAAAACUCUACAAUGUAGAAUUUGAUUAAACCCUGAUUAUUCAAAACUUCAGAAUAUACUUAGAAAAUUCGCCAAUAAAAAGAUAGGGUUGUGUGCUUGAUUUUUUUGCUAGACUGAUCUGAAAAUUUUUAACAUCACACAAGUUUUCUUAAUGGGAGUUUAUGGGAAAAUCACAAUUUUGAUAACAUUUUCGUUAACAGAAUUUUUCCUACAAUGUAGAUUUAAGUAUAACUUCUCACCAGUCAUAAAUAAACAUAUGGCCUAUAAUAUAGUGAAAUAAAAUGUAUAGGUCUAUGUGCUUGUUUCCGAGAUAUUUCCCCAUGAUUUAAGAGAUCCGUGCAUUUAAACUAAUUUUAAAACUUAUUUUUCGGAAUUAUUUAAAGUGUCAGAUGUUUUAAUAUCAUAUUUUAUCUUUAGAAAGAUAGUGAUGUUGCCCUUGUAAUAAUUUCACUCACCUGUUGCCAUAAAUUCAUUUUCAUUUCUGUAUGCCUAAUCCGGGCUUAAUUUUAUGUUUUCUGGAUAAAUGAUGUUAUGCUAUUGCUUCCAGAUGAGCAAAUGUGCAGAACUUCCUUAAUGCUUAACAUUUUUGAAGGAUUAUUCAGAUUUUACAUGGCUCAUGUAUUGUCUGUUUUCGCAACUUAACUAGUUCAGAACAUGGGGAAAAAAUCGGUAUCUUUAUUUACACAGGAGGGUCUCAGUAUUUGAGUGAUUAAGGUCACCGACUUGGAAUCACUUGCCCGUCACUUCUGUGGGGUGGAACAUUCAUUUUGGGUGUAGUAUGUGUAGAAUUCUUUCAUUGAAGGAAGUCAGCUGGCUUAUGGAAGGCAGGUAGUUGUACCCAGGUAGACUGGGAUGUUAAAACCCAAUAGAAACACACACAAAAAUUAAGCACACAAAAUUUAACAUAAUGUAUAACAAAAGAAGUGAACAAAGUAUCAGAUAUUAGUAAAAAAAAAAAAACAUGAAGAAUUUUGAUUAAUGGCAUCUCUGAAGAUUUACUCCUUUAACUUUGCCUAAUGUUUUACCAGUUUUGAGAGGAUUCAUGUGAAAGAGAUACUUCAAAAUUUGCUCGAUUAUACAUGUGCAAUAAUAUAAGGAGAUUUUAGAGUAAAACAGUAGGUGUAGUUUUGGUAUUUUUAACUGGACUAAAAAAACAUAACCAAAGAGCUUACCUACUUGCCCUGGCAUCAAGUUGUUUCCCAUUUUUAGACAGUUAGUUAAAGUUUUUUUUAUAUUCCGCUUUUUCUCUCUCUCGAUGGGUUUGUUUCAUACUGACAUUACAAGAAGUUUUCUCGCAACAACAUCAUAAAUAUCCUUAUAUUAUAUUCAAGGAUAUUACAAAAGACUUUCAAGCAGUUGUCUGCUUUUCACCCUGCCCCCUUUUACUGUCCAGGAUGGAAAUAGUCCAGUAUGAUGUCUUAUCAGUUAUGCCUCUUGUCACUCUCCAGCAUGGUAAUAGUAUGUCAUGUCUCCUCAGUUGUGCCCCUUUUCACAGACAGCAUGGAAAUAGUCCAGCGUACUGUCCCCCCAUUUAUAUUCUUUUCAUUUUCCAGCAUGGAAAUAGUCCAGCAUGCUGUCUCCUCGGUUAUGCCACUUGCCACUUUCCAGCAUGGAUAAAGUCCAGCAUGAUAUCUCCUCAGUUAUGUCCCUUUUCACUUUCCAGCAUGGAAAUAAUCCAGCAUGCUGUCUCCAUAAUUAUGCCUCUUGUCACUUUUUAGCAUUGAAAUAGUCUGGCAUGCUGUCUCCAUAAUUAUAUCCCUUGUCAUUCUGCAGCUUGGAAAUAGUCUGGCAUGUCUCCUCAGUUAUGCCCCUUUUCACUGGCAGCAUGGGAACAGUCCAGCAUAUUGUCUCUUCUGACACCUACCAGCUUUUGAUUUUCAGUGAAUGUCUGAUUGCCUUUGAAUCAUUUCUGUAAUAUUCAUUUUUGAAAAUUUAAUGCAGGGGCACAUUUACAUACUGUAAAUAUUUGAUAAACUGUAAUAGGGCAUUUCAUGAGAUAUUUUUUAAAUACAUGAUGAAAAUACAUGGAUUUCAAAACUUUACAAAAAAUGUUGUAAAAAAAUUACAGCGUGGAGAUAGGACUUUUUAUUUUUCAAAUGAUGUUGAAUGGCUUUUAUUUUACCAUAAAAAUAAGUUUGAUUGGAUAUUUUCUUUAGCAGAUUCCAGCAGUUUUGUUAAGAACAAUUUUGACUCCAUUAUGUGGUGGAUUCUUAAAAACCAUUUAGGAUAUCUUAGCCAUAUAGUUGGAAUUAAAAUUAUACGUUCGUAAGAAGAUACAUGUAUUUAUUCAACAUUCUGAUUUAAAUUUGAAAUGGUUUAAGAUGUCUUGAAAAUUAUUAUACCAGAUUUGUUGAGCGCCCUUUUCAUAUGCAAUAUACGUUCAAAGGCGCUUAAAAUCAAAGAAGUUUGUACUUUCUUUUCUUGAUACAUUUUCAGUUUUAGACAUACUCAGUUAAAAUAACAGUUUUAUUGAUAUUUACCCCUUUGGUUUAUCUGAAGAGUUUUACAAGCCCCUGCUUGAAAUAAUAUGUGAACAGGAACCUUGGAUCUGCCACAGCAAUUUAUAUUGGAAAAAUAUGACAUAAAUAAUGCUGGUGUGACUUAAAAUCCAGCAACACAUCGAAACUGAUUUUUUUGCAAUGAAUUGGUGAUUUGUCUGGUUUAAUAUGAAAUUUAUUUUACUGAAAGUUAAAAACAGUGGAUUGGUGAUUUGUCUUGUUUCAUAUGAAAUUUAUUUCACUGAAAGUUAAAAACAGUGAAUUGGUGAUUUGUCUUGUUUCAUAUGAAAUUUAUUUCACUGAAAGUUAAAAACAGUGAAUUGGUGAUUUGUCUUGUUUCAUAUGAAAUUUAUUUCACGGAAAGUUAAAAACAGUGAAUUGGUGAUUUGUCUUGUUUCAUAUGAAAUUUAUUUCACUGAAAGUUAAAAACAGUGAAUUGGUGAUUUGUCUUGUUUCAUAUGAAAUUUAUUUCACCGAAAGUUAAAAACAGUGAAUUGAUGAUUUGUCUUGUUCAAUUUGAGAUUUAUUUAACCAAAAGUUAAAAACGAUGAAUUGGUGAUUUUUCUUGAUUAAUAUAAAUUUAUUUAACCGAAAGUUAUUUUUAUGAAAAAUGAAUUGCAUUUAUAAAUGUUGUAAACUGCUUUUGUAACAUAGAUCUUUAAUUAAAUAAAGAUUAUGAUUUCAAGUGAUCAUGUGACUUUAUUUUCAUUAUUUUGUCUAGUAUUGAGUAUUUGUGUGUAUUACGUUUUGCUUUUGUCAUAAAUACUUCCUUUACUACAGAAAGCCAAGAGUCGUUGUAUAUUUUGUAAAUAAAUAUCUGUACCUGUACAUAUACAUUACUAUUGUGCUUUCAUAUUACUCUACCAGUGGCUUUUGCUGCGGUUGAAGUUUACACAUUGUUAUAUUAGUGUGUAGAAUUUGUUGUUAUAUAUGCCAUUGCAUAUGUAAUGCUUUGUGGACAAUUAGAUAAAUGUGAUGUAUUAUACAAAGAUAUACAAUUCAUAAACAAAGAAGUAUUAAAAAUGCUUUAAAUUGA